UCACUUCCGGGAGGCCGGCGGGCUCUGGGAAGAGCCGCUGCUGGGGUUUAAUUACUUGAUUGAAUUUGUUCAGUGAGUUCGCAGAUUGGUCAUGGCUGGUUAGUGCGCAGUCCAUCCGAUUGCAAGCGGAUCGAGGAGCAGGCACGCUGAUCAUUAGAGUUACGAGAACUCCGGUUCACAAUGAUGUCGCCGUUUGGUGACAUCUUCUGGGUCUGGCUGCUCGUGGGGAUCGGUAGUUCGAGGGCGCAGCAGAAGAGGAGGAAUGUGCUUCUCAUCAUAGCUGACGACGCCGGGUUCGAGAGCGAGGUGUACAACAACACGGCCAUCAGGACGCCCAACCUGAACCGGCUGGCAGAACGCAGCGUCAUCUUCAACAACGCCUUCUCGUCCGUCAGCAGCUGCUCGCCCAGCCGCUCUGCCAUUCUCACCGGGCUGCCGCAGCAUCAGAAUGGAAUGUAUGGACUGCACCAAGGCGUUCACCACUUCAAUUCCUUCGAUGGUGUCCGGAGUUUACCAAUGCUGCUCAGUCAGGCUGGGAUCAGAACCGGGAUAAUCGGGAAGAAGCACAUUGGGCCGGAGUCCGUCUACCCCUUCGACUACGCGCAGACCGAGGAGAACCAUUCCAUCCUGCAGGUGGGCCGGAACAUCACCCGGAUCAAACUGCUGGUCAGGACCUUCCUGCGGGACACGGGCAGCAGGCCAUUCUUUCUGUACGUGGCCUUCCAUGAUCCGCAUCGGUGUGGACAUUCCCACCCCCAGUAUGGGGUCUUCUGUGAGAAGUUUGGGAACGGGGAGCCCGGGAUGGGCUGGAUUCCGGACUGGAAGCCACAGUAUUACACUCCGGAGCAGGUGAAGGUGCCUCCCUUCCUGCCGGACACGCCAGCGUCCCGUGCUGACCUGGCUGCGCAGUAUACCACCAUCAGCCGUCUCGACCAAGGAAUUGGGCUGGUGCUGGAGGAACUGUCAGGGGCUGGCCACGCCGAGGACACGCUGGUGAUCUACAGUUCGGACAAUGGGAUCCCCUUUCCCAAUGGGAGGACCAACCUGUACCGGCCUGGAGUUGCCGAGCCCAUGUUGGUCCACUCUCCGGACCACCCGGAGCGAUGGGGUCAGAUCAGCCGGUCCUUCGUCAGCCUGCUGGAUAUAACUCCGACUAUCCUGGACUGGUUGUCUGUCCCUUAUCCCGCCUACAGUAUCUUCGGGAAGAAGACGGUACAUCUAACCGGCAAGUCCAUUCUUCCGGCCCUGAGCUCCGAGCAGCCCUGGCAAACGGCCUACGCCAGUCAGAGUCACCACGAGGUCACCAUGUAUUACCCCAUGAGGGCUCUUCAGCACCUCCAGUUCCGCCUGGUCCACAACCUUCACUUCAAGAUGCCUUUCCCCAUCGACCAGGACUUCUACCUCUCUCCCACCUUCCAGGACCUGCUGAACCGCACCACCUCCGGCCUGCCGGUCCACUGGAAGAAGUCCCUGCACCAGUACUACUACCGAGAGCAGUGGGAACUCUUCGACCUGCAGGCGGACCCGGUCGAGACCCACAACCUCGCCUCUGACCCCCAGUAUCAGAAGGUGCUGGAGGACAUGAGGGGGCAGCUGAAAAAGUGGCAGUGGCUGACUGACGACCCCUGGGUGUGCGCUCCCGAAGGCGUGCUGGAAGACCAGGGCUCCUACAAGCUGGACCCUCAGUGCAGGCCCCUGUACAACCAGCUGUGAAGGCUGUGCACAAUGGCGCGGUUGUCCAUCUGAUUUGACUCUAGGAAUGAAAUGGUUAACAUAUGAAGAGCACUUGAGGACUCUGGGUCUGUACUUGGUGGAGUUUAGAGGAACGAGGGGAAGAUUGCAUUGAAAUCUGUCGAAUACUGAAAGGCCUAGAUAGAGUGGACGUGCAGAGGACGUUUCCGGUCGUGGGAGAGUCUAAGACCAGAGGGCACAGCCUCAGAGUAGAAGGAUGUCCUUUUAGAACAGAGAUAAGGAGAAAUUUCUUUAUCCAGAGGGUGGUGAAUCUGUGGAAUUUUCUGCCACAGGGGGCUUGGAGGCCGAGCUAUUGGGUUUGUUUAAAACAGGGGUCAUCCUGUGCAAAAAUUUUUUUCCCAAGCAUCUCAAUGUUAAGUAAACACCCCCUCGCCUUUAUAACUCUGUUCUGUUGUUCAAAGUUCUCCCACCUCUGGAAGCGUAUCCACAUCUACUCUGUCAGGUGCUUUCUGAAGGUCGUAAUGUUUCAAUAAUAUCGCUCCCUCAUUCUUCUAAACUCGGAGGAACAUCGAUCUAAUCUUUUCAGCUGCUCGCGACUGGAUGACCAGCUCGUGCCAGGAAUUGAGAGAGUCUCUUCUACCUCAGAGGCCACUGAAUACUUUCUUAAAUAAAGGGAACAAAACUGUACGCAGUCCCCCAGCUGUAAACAUUUCCCUAUUUUGUAAACCGCAACCCUCUUGCAAUAAAGGCCACUGGACCUGUGGUCAGUGACAGAGGUCAGCGGGCCCUGAGGAUGACCCCCACCCCAGGGUCAGCAAGGCCGGGGUCAGUAGUCCGUGCGGGCAGGAGGCACAAUGGGCGGUGUCCUUCUCUCCUCCCAGGUCAGCGAGUCCUGGGGUCGGAGGUCCAUGCAAGGCCCGGAGGUCAAAAUCCCAUGAUCAGCAAGGCCUAGGGUCAGUAUCCAGAGGUCGGCAAGGUCUGGAGGCUGAAACUUCAGGGUCAAAGACCGAAGCUGGCGAGUGUUGGAGGCGUAGGCCCGAGGCCCCCCCGAGUCGGCCCGUCCUGAGGUCAGGGAUCUGUGAGUUGCAGUUGUGGGCCAGGCACUCUCAGAGGCCCAGAGGCAGCCUGCCCUGUGGUUGGAAGGCCUGUCUGUAUGAGUGGAUGGGAGAGGGGCCUGUUUUGCCGCAGCUGCUGCUUAUGUUAUUCUGCUGAACUUGGUAAGGAGGCCGUGUGGCUGCAGAAUCUGUGGCAACGCCUGCACGCUGCCCCUACCACAUCCUUCGGUUGUGCUGGUUGUUAACACAAGUCACGCAUUUCGCUGUGUGCUUCACUGUAAGGGUUAUGAGUAAAUGAAUCUGAACCCAGCCUUUUGCUCCACCUGCCUGCUAACUCGCCGGAUCCCUCCAGGAGAGGCACGCCCUCUUCUGCGGCCUGGGCUGGCCGGAGUUGGCCUUCUGACAGGCCCCCCCACCCCGAACUCCAUGCUGCGAUCUGUUCCGGGCAGCCUUGCUGUGCGCGCACACAGCUCCCGGGAUUGGAGGUGCCCACCCGGAGAAAGAGCAGCCCUCAGCCGGGCUGCGAUGGGAAGGAGCU